AUGGCUUUUGCCCUUGCUCUACAAUCAGUUCAUGAUCUUCCAGAAGGACAUGGCCAGACUAUAUUCACUGCAACCACGGCCAUAGUUGUGUUGACGGUGCUAUUAAUUGGAGGUUCAACAGGGACUAUGCUUGAAGCUUUGCAGGUUGUUGGUGAUGACCAUGAUGUCCCCUUAAGUGAUAGUUUUGAUGGAAAUAACGGUUAUGUUGCUCCCUCUUAUAAUGAGGAUGCUACAUCAGGGAACGGGCUGAGGAUGAAACUUAAAGAGUUCCACAAAACCACUGCAUCAUUUACAGCAUUUGACAGAAAUUACCUCACCCCGUUUUUCACGAGUCAGAAUGGAGAUGAUGAAGAAGAGGAUGGGAACAUUUUAGAGAUAAUGAGGAGGUACAAGGAGCCUCAUUGUAUGACAGGAUGCCCAGUUCCAGAAGAGGGGGUUUCCAAGGCCACGACUGACUUUCCACAGUAUUAG